GACCUGCAGAACAAUUAUCUUGGAGAUGCUGGGGUGAUGCUGCUCACUGCAAAACAGAGAGAUCCAAUGUGCAAACUGGAGUUACUAAACGUCAACAAUUGCUCAGAGCAGUGGUUGAAACCAGGGCCGCAAAAAUAUGCCUGUGAACUCACAUUGGACUCAAACACAGCAAGCCGGCAUCUUGCCCUGUCAAAGAGGAAUCAGAAAGCCACUUACAUGAACAAACGGCAACCAUAUCCAGACCACCCCGAUAGGUUUGCCGACUGCCCACUGGUGCUGUGUGAAGAGGGUCUCAGUGGUCGGCACUACUGGGAGGUGGUGUGGGGAGGAAGUGGGGUCCGUAUAGGAGCCACUUAUAAAGACAUCAACAGGAAAGGGGCGAAAGGGCUGGAUGGCAGUGCGACAGCCUGGUGCAUGGAGUGCUGCACUGAGCGAUUCACUGUCCAACACGCCAACCGGACGCAGACGAUCCCACGCGGAUCAGGGUCAGGUUCUAGAGUAGGAGUGUACCUGGACUGGCCCGCAGGCACUUUGUCAUUUUUCAGUGUUUGCUCUGGCACUCUCAAACUUCUACACACAUUUGAUGCCAUAUUUGCUGAGCCUUUAUAUCCAGGGUUUUACAUCGCCUCUGAGUCUUCAGUGGAACUGUGCUGAUGUAUAAUUUCAGUUUUUCUCAAUUAUUUACACACUACUGGUAUUAACAUUGAACAUUGAAAAGUAUAUCCAAGACACUAUUCUUCUGUUUCACACGGUAGAUAUUAUUGAACUUUUAGAACAAAACUGUACACACAAAACACUUAUAGCAGUGGUUCUCAAACUUUUCACAAUGAUUACCACCCCAGAGAACAAUUGGCUCUCCAAGCACCACCAUUAUGACCAGCAUUAAAUACAGUAGCGUAAGCCAAUUUAAAUAUAUUUCACAUUGUACAUACUGUUUUGCAUUGUUUUGUUUUUUUCAAUAAA